UGCCGCGCGAGCUUUCGUACGGAGCGUCCGUGUCGCACGCCCUGACGUUUCUGGCGCGUAUUUACGCACGCUGCCAUUCAACCUUAAAUCCAAUUAAAAAACAAUGUGUCAGUGACCGCUAAGCACGUAUAAUGGGAUAAUCGUGUGAUAUAGAUAUAGUGCAUAGUUCGUUUGUAAGUGGAAAAUGUUUUUGAAGGAUGUGAUUUUGGAAAAAUGUUGAGGGCGUCCCGCGCGCGAUGGGUGCACGUAGGAUUGCUGUGGUUCAUUUUGUGCCUAGGCGACGUAGACGGACUUAUAGAAAUAGUAGAAGAGCAGCAAUGCCACGAGAACGAGUUCCGACUAACAUGUCGCGACCUGGACUCUCACAUCGCGGUGCUGGAGGCGUGGUACACCUCCGCAGAAGACUACCACUACAACACCACCCACGAAAGCCUCCGAAUUAAAACCGAAAACGAUUCGGAGCUAAACAAAGUAUAUGUGUAUUCUAGUCCAAAACAUAAUGGAGUAUAUCAACCCUCAAAUCAUUCCACAUUAGAUAACUCCUCAAAUGUGAAUAGCACCUUCGAUUUUAUCGAUUUAUUUAACGAUACUGAUAAUGUUAUGCUUUAUAAUGACACAGUUGAUAUGUCAGUGGAUUUUGUGAAUGUGUCCGGUUGUGGAUUGCCCACAUUCGCGCGGAGUUACGCUAGCUGGCGCGAAGGAGAUAAGAGGAGGAGGCAGCAGUCCAGAGAAGCUGCUGUCAAUUUGCGAGCGCCUGUUAGUUACCGGUGUACAGGCGUGAAUCAUUGCAACUUCGUGCUGUACGAAGACUUUCCUCCGGCCAAGAGGUGGACGCCCGGCGUCGUGUAUAUAAAAUAUGCUUGUUUUGAUGAUACCCUAUCAGUACACUACUGCAACAGAGAAGUAAAGGUUGCAGAAAUGGGUGAAGACAGCGAGGGGUACAUUCGGACCCCGGGCUACCCACACUUCUACGUCGGCGACGAGUGCCGCUGGCGACUGAGGGUUAACCCCGAGCAAAGGGUUAGGGUGACCUUGAUGGAUGUCAGUUUGAGAAGUAUAGGGCCAUUUGAGAACCGGUGUACAGACCACGUGACGGUUCAAGACCUAAAUGGAGAUAUCCUCCUAUCAUCCUGUGACCAAGUUGACCUUCCACUGAGGCUGAUCUCAGUCACCAACGUGGUUGAUGUCACCGUAGAAGCAAAAUCCAUAGGAGCUUACCCAAAAAGAGGGGUUUUGUUGCAUUAUAAAAGUAUAGGUUGCGUUACGCCACCACCGCCAUCUAACGGCUACCUCGUGUACCGCAACGAAGACGUCGCCCACUACAUGUGCAACGUGAACUUUGUUUUCGUGGAUACGCGACAGAGGGCGCGCUUAAUAUGGUGCUAUGAUGACAAUAGGUGGAAUGACACUGUGCCUUUGUGUGUCGAAGAGGGCAGUCCAGUGGGUGUGACAGACACCGAGGGAGAUUCUAAAAGACAGGAAGAGUACAGCACCACCCUGGCGCCUCACGACGUCCCCGACAUGAUGGUUGACAUAGUCAUACCAUCGCUACUCAUAGCUGCGCUGUUCGUCGGCAACGCAUUAAUCGUACUCAUCAUAUACAAGUAUAGGAAAAGGAAAGAAGGCGAUGACGUUGAAGAUGAGUUCAACACCAUUCCACUGAGUGUGAACGGCAAUGUUCAUAGUGCGGGCAACGCCGUGUAGUCAUCUCCCAAACAAGGGCGGGCGCACACCGACGACUAAAACUUGCGACAAGUCUUUAAAACACACGCGUUUUGUAAUUUUUCGAAUAAUUUGUGAAAAAUCGAUAUUCAUUUUGUGCAAGUUUAAAUAAUUCUUGCGUAUUUAAAAAUAGUUUCUUGGGCUAAUUACUUGUGGAGUUUUAGAGUCAUUUCAUGUCUAUCAGACUAUCAUCACAGUAGGUUUACGUAGAGAUAGGAAUACCGAUAAAACUAAAACUUCACCUUAACUUAUUUAUAGACGCACUUAAAAAGUGUAGAAACGCCAAAUAUUAAAAAUAAAUGGCCAAGAACAAUACUAAUUUAUACACAAAGACCUUCGACUUAUCUUGUUGAUGGCUAGCGAUAAUAGAAGUGAUUAUGAUAAAUAAUGCAUUUGGCGAUAAUAGACAGAAAUAUCUAUCAUUAAUUCAAUGAAACGAUAAUUACUUGAGAAUAAAUUCCACAACAAGACAGAAAAGUAGUUUAAUUGCUUUAGGAACGUACGACUAAUCGCGAAGAACAGUCGUCGGUGUGCAAACGGCCUUAAUUGAAUUGAACUCUAAAGUACGUUGGCACACAGGGCACCGAUGUCAACACACAUCAUUGGCCUGUGCGACAACCUCAAUAAGUUACCUUAUUUAUUAUUCGUUAGGUUCAAAAUAGAUCGCGAAAUAGUCCAAGUUUCAAUCUUUCUUAGGCCCUUUAGAUAUUAAGUAAGGACUGAUAUUGUUAAAUACUCUAUUAGAUGUUUUUUUUUUAAUUUCAUGCACGAUUCACUGCCUUUGUUGUCACGAGUAAGUCAAUUAAGUACCGUAUGUAUUGUAAAAGCUUUGUUGCUGUAGACUAGUCGCUCAUAGGUAUCUUGUGAUUAUAAUUUCAUCUGAUUAUUGUUGAUGUUUUUGUAUUCGGCGGAGUAUGUAUAAAUUCUGUAUUUAAUAAAAAGCACUUUAUCUUU